AUGGCUCCCCUCAAUUGCGGAGACGUGGAGCAUUUAUCGCGGGUCGAGUCAAAGAAGAAACCUACACCCGAAGCAUUUGCACCACUAGAUAUUUCUGAGGGCGAAUGGACCCAAGCUUCUAGGGCGGCCAGAACAGCUACAUGGGUAUCCAUCUUCUACUUAAUUACAACCGAUGUGCUCGGACCUUUUUCGACUGGUUACGCCUUCUCCCAGAUGGGCCUUGCUCCAGGCGUCGUCCUGUAUACUGUAUUUGGUGCUCUAGCCGGAUACAGCGGAUUUCUGCUGUGGCGCUUAUUUCUCCAACUGGACAGCGACGAGCAUCCCCUAGGAGGGUACAGCGAUCUGGCUUUGCGUAUAUAUGGACCGUGGUUCCAGCAUGUGUGCAAUAUUUUGCAAUCGUUUCAGUUCUUUCUCACCGUCAUGGUUAUAAUGAUCACAAACGGCCAGUCCAUAAGUCAGUUGUCGCAAAACAAAUUAUGCUUCAUAAUCUCUGUUUUGACCAGCGCCCUGGCUGGUUGCGUUAUAGGGCAGAUCCGAACUCUCAAAAACUUAGGCUGGGUAGGGUCGGUGAGUGUGUUUCUGAACUUGUUUGUCAUCUUCGUAACAAUGGGAGUCAUGGCUCAUAGUCCGCCGAACUACAUUCUCUAUGCUACAACUCACCCCGAAUUCAAUAUUCAAGCUCCUGAUCCCAUUUCUGUCUCCAUUACCGCACCGCCAGAGCUUACACUUGUGGAUAAUGUGAACGGUUUGAUGAAUGCUGUAUUCUCGUUUGGUGGUGCAACCAUGUUUGUCGAGCUAAUGGCUGAAAUGCGACGACCGAUGGACUUUUGGAAAGGUCUCCUAUGUGCUGAUCUUCUCAUCUUCUUAUGUUACAUGGUGUAUGGUAUUUACUGCUAUGUGAUGCAGGGACAGUACGCAUACAUCAAUUCCUAUCAGGGAAUUUCUCCAUACAACUGGCAAACAGUCUGCAACGCUAUUGAACUAUUGACCAACGUCAUCGCCGCAGUUCUAUAUGCCAACAUUGGUAUGAAAGUCUUAUACAACAGUGUUGGCCGCCACUUCUUUACGAUCCCUGAUCUGAACAGUGCAUCCGGAAAGUGGAUUUGGGCCUUUUUUGUUCCUGUCUACUGGAUGCUUGCGUGGGUUGUCGCAUUGUCUGUACCACAAAUAACAUCCUGGACGGUUCUCGUUGGAGCUGGAGCGCUUCUGCAAUUCACAUAUACCUUUCCUGUUUUCUUGGCACUUGGGUUCAGAGCUCAAAGGGAUUCAGCUUUGCCGGAAGAGGUUUAUGAUCCUCUACAUCGCCGAGUGGAGCGAGUAGAUCACGGCCUUAAGCGCUGGGUUCGGGGAUUGAGAAAGGAACUGUGGUGGAACAUAUUUGACGGAGUGAUAUAUGUGGGCUCCCUGGUGACCUGCGUCCUAGGGCUCUAUGCAGGCUUCAAGACUCUAGUCGAAGGGUACAUCGAUUCACCGAGUUUGGUAGGCUGGCAAUGCUCGAGCCCAACGGGCUGA